AUGAUGACGCCGCUAUCGACCGCUGGUCCUUCAGAAGAAGAUAAACGUCUUAAUAUGGAGCUACUGGAAACAUUGCGUUCCUUGGGUUUAUAUGAGACCAAAGAGCGUCUAGCUCGACGAGAGCACGUGCUUGAAAAACUGCAUCAUUUGUUACAGAAUUACGUCCUGGAUAAGUUUGAUACAACCUCAAAGCAUCUACAACCACAAUUACAAUUGCGUACCUUUGGUUCCUAUCGUCUUGGUGUACAAAGCCAAGAAGCCGACAUUGACACAUUAUGUAUUGCGCCUCGACACUGUACACAGGCGAGUUUUUUUGACAAGACGCCAAUUCUACUGGAAACGUCACCAGAUGUCACGGGACUACGCGUCAUCAGUGACGCGUUUGUGCCUGUGAUUAAGAUGAAAAUGGACGGCAUUCCAGUGGAUCUACUAUUUGUGUCGUUAGACCUGGAUUCAAUCCCAAAAGACCUUGACAUGCUGGAUGAUCGGUACUUGAAAGGAUUGGAUGAAGCUUCCGUGCGAAGUUGCAAUGGCGUGCGUGUCACAGAGCGAAUCUUGCAACUUGUACCGAACCCAGACACGUUCCGAACGACGUUAAUUGCUGUCAAGCACUGGGCCAAAAUGCAAGGGAUCUACUCAAAUGUCCUAGGCUUUCUUGGCGGUGUUAACUGGGCCAUCCUAGUUGCUCGAAUCUGCCAGUUUUAUCCGAACUCUCUACCAUCGUCGUUGCUCGUGCGCUUCUUCAGAAUAUAUCAAAUGUGGACGUGGCCAAACCCGAUCAUUAUUGACCGGGUGGAUAACCCGCUAAAACUUGGCUUCUCGGGAUGGAAUCCGAAAAUCAAUGUUCGCGACCGAUUGCACUUGAUGCCGAUCAUCACGCCCGCAUACCCGGCGAUAAACUCAUCGUACAAUGUGAUGGCUUCAACUCUUCGAAUUUUGGAGUCUGAGUUUAGGAAAGGGUUUGAGCGGACACUCGAGAUUGAGACAAAGAAAAGUUCAUGGACAAAGUUGUUCGUACCUUCAGUAUUUUUUCAAAGGUCAAAACACUUUCUUCGUGUCCAGAUCACGGCGAAUAAUGCCAAGGACUUUGAUGGGUGGUUUGGUUGGGUCGAGUCGAGACUGCGUCAGUUAUUCCUCCGAUUGGAAGCACUCCCAGAUUUGCGAAUUUACCCAUUCGGCCGCUUCUUUGAUUUUAUUGAGACAAAGGACUCAAGUCGUGAUAGUUCAUUGCAAUGUGACGUACAUACGUCGUGGUUGUUUAUCGGACUGGGCUUCGCUGUCCCUGAAAUCGUCGCAGCAACUGGUGCGUCUUAUAGCGUAGACUUGACGAGUGUGAUCCGCGAUUUCGCUUUUUACACGGAUCAGUGGGAGGCUCGUCAUGGUGGAAUGGACAUGCAGAUUGAUCAUGUAACACGCCCAGAAAUCCCUGAGUGGGUGCUUGAGGCUGUGGGUAAUAAUGGUGAGAGCGAUAGUAAGCAUUUGCGGAAGUCCUUGCCAGACCAGAAACUUUUCAAGAAGAAGAAACGCGAUAUUGAUGAUGCUAGCGAUUGCAAGUGCAUAGGGAACGGCAUGACCAAGCUGGUCACAGGUUCUAGUCCGACCGAGAGCUCGUCUAAGAAAAGUAAAGGUACGUGA